AUGGUUUGUAACAGACCAGGCAAGACCGGAGGAGGCAACUUCACCCGUCCGAUGGUGACAGAGUUUUCCACCAUAACUGCUGCCUCCUCUCUUUCAUCAGAUCGUCAUAUUGGAAUUAUGCUCGCCGCCUCGCCUCCGUUCGCGCACCACAUGCUUCAGGAUCGCUGGCAGCAGCAGCAGCAUCAGCAGCAUCAACAGGCUAUCUUUUUGAGCCCUCAACCCCUGUUCGAAGCACACCACCACUCCGCCAGCCCCGCGCCUGGCGUCCCCGACAACAAGCUGCGCGAGCUCGCGUCCAUGGCGUCCCUCGCGAACCACCCCGCGGCGCCGUCGCCGCCGCCGCCUGCGUCGCACGCUCAGUCACCGCCCGCCGCUUUCCCCAACCCGUGGGGCGCGGGCUCCGACUCCCCGUGCGCGCAAUUCGCCGCUCAGAGCCCCCCCGACGGGCCGCCUCCGCGCCUAUCAUCCGCCGGUUGCAACGAGGCUCUCCCGUCGCCGAUCCCCACGCCCCCGUGCACGUGCUACUCGCGGCUGCCGGCCGGAUGCGCGACGGAUCCGCACGCGCCGACCGUUAAGUACAUCGGCGUGCGCCUGCGCGGGCGCAACCGGUGGGUGGCGGAGAUUAAGGACAACAACCACGGCGUGCGCAAGUGGCUCGGCACCUUCGCGUGCCCCGUGCAGGCCGCGCAGGCCUUCGACGCGGCGGCGCGCGCGAUUCGCGGCCCGAAGACGAAGGCGAACUUUAAGCGCGGCGACGCGGAAUUCGUGGAGGACGUGCCCGAGGUGCUCUCCGUGCUCGCGUACUGCGCCUCGGGCAAGCCGCCGCAAAGCAGCGCGGCAAACCUGGCGGGGUCGGCGGACGGGUUCGCGCGGAGAACGUCUCCCAAGCAGUCGUCUCCCGCUGGUCCGCCGGGCAGAAGGCCCGGCAGGGGCAAGCCACCCUCCCCCUCCGCCGGCCCCUUGCCGCUCGCGAUCGGCCCGCCGUCCAUCGCCGCGCCGUCCUACGCGGCCGCGCCGUACGCAGUGGACGCGACCCAAGCCGGCGCCACGCUGCAUCAUGCCGCCCCGCGCCUGUCCAUGCCGUCCCCGUCGUCAUCGCUGGUCGCACCAAGCCCCCUGCAGCUCACCGGCAGUUUUAACGCCGAAGCGUCGCCGCUAACGCCCUUCCCGCCUGCGCGCGGGUCGCAUGAGAUCGUUGUGAAGCGCGAAGUCCUGGCGCCGUCCUCCCUGCUGCCCGUCGCGGCGUUCGCCGAGGCGCGCGCGGCGAGCGAGCACGCGGUGAUUGUGCAGCCGGCGCACGCAGGCGGGCGCGCGGCGGCGGGCUGCGCGCCGCCAGCCGUAGUCGACGGCGUGACGUGGGUGGUGGCGGAGCCGGAGCAGGCGACGCCUUGGGGCGCGCGGACGGCGGAAGCCGGCAGGUUCCCGCAGCUAGUGGCGCCCGCGCCCCACGCACCCCACACGCCCCACGCGCCGUAUCACCCACCUGCCCCGCAGUGGCGCGACUCGCAGGGGGAGCAGCGCGAGGUGCGGUGCAGGAGGGAGGAGGCACAGGCGGGUGUGGGAGGGGAGGGCGGCGCUCCAGCCAUCGAAUGCGCCUCGCUGUGGUCGCCUUGUCGACCCGCUGAUGCCAACAGGGACGAGGACGCAUUCGCACACACGCCAUCUGCGCAGCCAGAUGACAUGGAUGUCCGAUCCUCAAGCCACGUCAGGCUCGGCAAGCGCAGGUCGCCCGAGCCUGUGGGAGAGGUUCAGUUAAAUCGUUUGGUACGGGACGCGGAGGGUAGCAUGCAUGGAGGCAUUGGAGGGGUGCUCUCUCUGCUGUCUGUUGGAGCCCUCCAGUCGUCCGGCGAGAGGGUCGGCAGCAGGCUCGGUGGUGAGAGUUUGAAAGUGAAGGGGAUGAGCCUUUCCUCACUCUUGCCUGUUGCCGAGCCUGCGCUGACUCCCGAGGAGUUUGGUGAGCUUCGGCAGAAGCUUGGGUGGAAGGUGGUUCGGAUGGAGGACCUGGAGGAAAUCCCAAGGGUGGCUCGGGAAGCACUGUUGAGGUUCAGGCAGGACAAGGACUUCACCAUGCUGUCACUUUAG